CUGCUGCUCGGGCGGGACCCAGGCUGGACCGCGGGCCCCGGCCUGGGGGCCACAGCUGCCACCGCCGCCGCCACCUCAUCUCCUCCCUGUCCCUGUCCCGCCUCGCGUCUUCCCGCUGCACUCGGGCCGGAGGCCGGGGUCCCUUCCCCGCCGCACCACCCUGCGCGGAUGCCGAAGGUGAAGGCGCUGCAAUGCGCCCUGGCGCUGGAGAUCCGCUCUGUCACUUGUCCAGGAGUUGUGCUGAAAGACAAGGAGGACAUCUAUCUUAGUGUCUGCGUGUUUGGCCAAUACAAGAAGACACAAUGUGUCCCAGCCACUUUUCCACUGGUCUUCAAUGCCAGAAUGGUGUUUGAAAAGGUGUUCCCUGAAGCAGUAGACCCUGGAGAUGUGGUUGCCCAGCUUGAGUAUGAUACAGCAGUGUUCGAGUUGAUACAGCUAGUUCCACCAGUGGGAGAAACACUGUCUACCUAUGAUGAAAAUACACGAGAUUUCAUGUUCCCGGGUCCAAACCAAAUUUCUGGACACCAUGAUUCAAACCGCCAGGUUACCAUGAGGAGGAUUUCUGGACUAAGAGGAAUUGCUCCAAAGCUGGAAUUUUCUACAACUUCAGUGAUCACGGAAUGUCUGAUAAGCUCAAGGAAGUGCCGCACUCAGGAUAAAUUUAAUUACCAUUCAGCUCCAGUUGAAAAAUCCCACGGCAGACCACAAUGCAGAACAUCGAGAUCACAGAAGAAGAAGUCCAAGUCACCCGAGAGGAGUAAAUACUGCAUAAACACCAAGAACUACGAACAGCCUACAAUAUCGUCAAAGUCACACUCUCCUUCUCCCUACACAAAGAGACGGAUGUGUGAGCUCUCUGAAGACACCAGGCGGCGGCUGGCCCAUUUAAAUCUGGGACCCUAUGAAUUCAAAAAGGAAACAGAUAAGCCUCCAUUUGUGAUUAGACAUGUGGAUCCCCCGAGUCCCAGGGCUGAUACUUUAUUUGGACCACCUGGCAGAGACUGUGAAAGAGAUGGAUGGGCCAGGAUGCACAAUGAUCAUCAUCACUUCGGCUGCUGCAGAUCCAAGGAUUAUAAGGUUAUCAGGACACCACAUGGGAGAGACUUUGAGGAUCCCUUCGAAAGGUGUGAAGAAUAUCUGAGCCCAAGGCCAUGUACCAAGCCCCAGCAUUCUGCAAGGACCUUACUAGUCCAUUCAGCACCCUCAACAGCACCAAAGCAUUGUCAAAGCCCUGUGCUAAAUAGAGGCUCUCUCAGAGAAAGGUUCCACUCUGACUGGUGUUCACCUUCAAACUGCGAUGAGAUCCACGACCGGGUCAAGGACGUCCUGAAAUCCCAUCAGGCUCACGCAAGGCAUAUCUGCGAUGAGAGAGACCCAGAGAAAGAAGAAGAACUGGAACUGAAAAGAGGCCUUUUAUAUAGAGACUCUGCCUAUGACAGUGACCCUGAAUAUAGCUGCUAUCAGCGGCCACAUGGUUCUUUCCAUUUGGAUGAUGGUGAAUACUGGCCCAACAGAGCAGCCUCUUUUAAGGGGAAAUCUCAGCGACCCGCCUUUGAGAACAGCAUGGACAAGAUGUACAGAAACUUAUACAAAAAGGCCUGUAGUUCUGCUUCUCACACACAGGAAAGCUUCUGAGACCAUCCGCCAUAAACUGUAUGAGUUUCCGUGCCAACCUCUCAAUGAAAGCGUUUAAUGUGAUCUGGAUUUGUAUGCCUUUCUUUAAAACAGAUGUCCGCUGAGUAGCACGUAGACUUGACCCCAGCGUAUUCCUUCAAAUGGUAAAUUAUCACAGUCUCGCCUUUAUUAGAGAAGAAUGUGCUGUUUCCAGUGUCAAAACCCUGGAGCAAAGUUACAGCUCCAGUCUGUGACAAGGCUGUCUGUCACUUGUGCUCCUGUCAUUGCUGACAAACUGAAGAGUAGAUUCUCUCUAGAAUGUUCUUCCACUUUUAUUGCCUUUUAACUUUCUUUUCACCUACUUGGCUGGUUAUCUUAUCUGGGUAAGAUUUAAUUAAUAUCAGCUCCCUGUUAUCAGUAAUGAACAAAAAGAUGUUCUCUGCAAAAAUGAAUUUCACAAAUUUGAACCUGUUUUAAUCAAUAUUAUCUACUUUUUUCCCCUUUAGAAGAGGCUAUUGUAUUUCUUAGGUCCUAAAAACUAGCUUUCUUUGUAAAACUUACACACGCAUUCACUGGAGGACCAGCUGAGUUAUCCAAAUGUCUAACAGCUAGAUUAGUUUACUAGAAGAGACCAUGGAUGAUUCCAAAUGUAGCUAAUAUUUUAGUGUUGAAUUAUUUGCAGAAUAAAUAAAGCAUCCUGUGUUGGUAAGCGUGUAGAACCUCCAAAUAAACAAAAUAAAAGAACUAUAUUGUGAUUUUACCUUUGGUAUUGUCAUAGGCAUCACAUUACCCAGGCAACUAGCAUUCACGCGUUAGAGGGACCAUGGUGGGAUUGAAAUAACUCAGCAAGUGUCUUUCAGUAGACACUCAUAAACCUAGCGGUGAACUGAUAAAAUGUGUGUCUCCUCCCACCCCACAUACUCAUGCGGCCAGUGAUGC